AUGGGCUCCAACGUCAAGGUACGAUCGGCGGCCCUCGCCCGCGACACCAACGAGACCAAGAUCCAGCUGGCCAUCAACCUCGACGGCGGUGCCUUUCCGGCCGACACGGACCGCGAGCUGCUCCAAGGCUCGAUGGCGCACGCCUCGCAGUCGACCGGUUCGCAGACCAUCUCGGUCGACACCGGCAUCGGUUUCCUCGACCACAUGCUCCACGCGCUGGCCAAGCACGCUGGCUGGAGCCUAGCCCUUCGAUGCAAGGGCGACCUGCACAUCGACGACCACCACACCGCCGAGGACUGCUGCAUCGCCCUCGGCUACGCUUUCAACAAGGCGCUCGGCACCCUCGCCGGCGUGGCCCGCUUCGGCUACGCCUACGCGCCGCUCGAUGAGGCCCUGUCCCGCGCCGUAGUCGACCUCUCCAACCGUCCCUACAGCGUCGUCGAGCUCGGCCUGAAGCGCGAGUGGCUCGGCAAGCUGAGCUGCGAGAUGGUGCCGCACUGCCUGCAGAGCUUCGCCCAGGCGGCGCGCCUCACGGUCCACGUCGACUGCCUCCGCGGCGACAACGACCAUCACCGGGCCGAGAGUGCCUUCAAAGCUCUCGCCAUCGCCCUCCGCACCGCCGCGGCGAGGGUUGAGGGUAAGGAGGGCGAGGUGCCGAGCACCAAGGGGACGCUGAGUGCCUAG